AUGCUUCCAAGUGAGACAGCAAUUGAUCACCCACUGAAACUGGGUUCUGUGAUUGUAAGUAGGAGAAAAUGAAGCUAAGACAAAACACUAAUCUUGCCGGAGCUGAUCUCCUCAGCUCCCCAUACCCAUGGUUAAAUUUAUAUCCAGAGAAAUCAACACUUUGUCAUUCUUUACUCUUGUAAUGGCAGAAAUUAAGUAGUGAAAUGUUUAGCUGCCUUCUUAGUAAUUUUAUGAAAUAUUUAAACGAAAAACAGGAAAAAACUUUGUAGACUUCGCAGUCAACCAACCCAAUAACCUUUGUUUUCGAUGUGAUUUAAAGGUAUACAAUUCUUUCACACUCGAAAAUGUUUCUUGCAGAACGUUGAUAACAGUCGCAAAAAAUCGAGCACUCCUUCUGAUAGUUUAUCUAAAGGCACUCCUGCAGCUGAUCCUUCGAGUUUGAUUCAAGCAAAACCUGACACGUUUGAUGGGCUGGAUCCAUUGUCAAUGUUUGCUGCUCAGGAAGCCAGUACAAAGAAAACAUCACCAGUUUCUGCACCAGCGUCAAAGAAAGAACAGGUUUGUACUCAUUGUGUUUACUUUAUGUUUUACUGCAAUAUCGUACAGAUCAAGUUUUUGUUGUAUGUAGUUUUUACCAUAAAAUCAAAUCAGAAGGGGAUGACUUUAGACCGGCAAAAUGACCUACUAACAAUUUUAUUACUUUUUUGUUUCCUCAGUCAUCCUCUGUAUCUAAUAAAGAAAAAAGCCAAAGUGACUUUAAACCAUGGCUCAAGAAGAGAGCAGGAAUCCUUGCUAAAUAUACAACCUCACAAAAACUGUCCAUUAGCACGGUAAGCUAACUACAUGUUGCAGUUCAGUGUUUAGGGAUUCACUUAUUUUCAGUGUUGCAUAAUUUUGCUGAUCUUACUUUUGGUACCAUCUACUAAUAGUUAUAAAUUUAUUUUUCUUGACAGAGUUUCUUGUCAUCAUCUGAAAAAUCUGAAAAGAGUGAGUUGUUCAAAUAACUAUCCUUCUCUUGUCCUAUUUUAAUAAUGCUAACAUUGGGAACUGAUAUUUAAUGAAGGUUGUCAAUGAUAUUUAACAAUAAUGUCAGAUAUGAGAUGGUUGAUAGCCAACAAGAUGCAUAGCACCAAACUGGCUUCAACAAAUCUUGCACCCAACAAGUGCAAAAUGAAGUUAGUGUUUUAUCAUAUUAAAUUGUCCACAAUGCUUAAUAGAAGUGUUUUUUUUCCAGCCUAGGUAAAUCCAACUUAGCAACACUUGGGGAAAUUUUUUUUCAAAUGAGAUGAUUCUGUAUAUGGGCUGAUAACUGAAGCUGAGUGAACCAAUCAGAAUGCUAGAAAUGGAAUGUCUGGAAUUUGAAAUGUAAUAAAUUCAUAGAGUGCAAAAUUAAUAUGUAGAAAUCAACAAAAAAUAAGUAUCUUUUUUGUUCAAUAUUUUUCAGUGGUAAUCAAGCAGCAAACAACAGUUGCUGAUAAAGUCAAGCACAGACUAGAACAGUUAGAUGACUUUGAAGAAGUAAGGAAGAAGAUUGAAUCAAAAUAUAUUUAGUGAAACACAGUAUUUGUUGCUAGGAAUGGGUCGGGAAAGAAAAGUUUUGUAUCAUUUAAUGUUUGAAAGGAAGAAACUUAUUUCAAACGUAAUAUAAUAAUUUCUCAAAUAAAUUAUGUUGUCACAGAGAUAUUGGAUAGGAGAGGUUUCUAUUUAUAGGAGUGUGUGUAUCAUCUUUCCUAGUUCUUCCAAUAUUCAUUCCACUGAUGUUAUUCAUUUGUGAAUCUUAAGGAUUCUGACUAGUUCGAUUUCCAUUUCUCUACAACAUGUAUGCAACAUGUGAAAGAAAUCUCUACUAUAUUUUGUAGGGCUCAGUCAAAGAAAUGCUGAAUCUGAGUCAGCAGGAUUAUGUCAAGAGAAUCGAAGAGCUAAACCAGGUGAAAAGCUUAUUUUUUUGUUCUUACAACUAAUGGUUUGAAUUAGGGGGUUAAACUCAGUCAUACAAUGUAUUUGCGUGGAAGUAUGUUGUCUUACAUGUAGAAAGGAUUGUUAUGGAUUGUAGAAAGUUAUGUCCAGACACACUAAACUCAAGUCAUGAUCAGAGAACACAAUGCCAUAUCUUGGCUUGGCUGAUGCCUUCUACUCAAGGUACUGAGGAACUGUUACUGACCAAGGUCUCUUUCAUAACAUCCCUCAUCCAAGUCAUCUCAAUGCAGGAUCAGUGGGAAUGUUGAUGAAAAUCAGUUGAUCUUUGUGGAGAGUAAUGCUUCACAAUGUGACAAACAACCAGGCACCCUCAGAGGAUUUGCAGUAUACUGUGAAAAUGUCAUGGUCUACAUUUUAAGGAAACAGCAUUGUGAUACAAACGAGACUGCUAAAUUAAUCACUCAUGAAUUCACCUCAAUGAGUAAUCUCAAUCUUUUAACACUUCAUGUUAAAAAUAGAAAAAUAGUUCUUUACUGAGCUCAAAUAUUUUGAGCUCAGUAAAGAAAUGGAGCAAGAUGUUUUUCCUCUUGUCACAAGCAUGGGACAAAUAAAAAAUUUUGAGUCCUCAUGAGGAAUCAAACCUCAGAUCUUUGGAUUCUGGGCUCUGAUGUUCUACCACUGAACCACAGAGACUUUAUGCCAAACGAGGUCUAUUACUGCAGGUGAGAGGUUUGAUUCCUCAUAGGAACUCUGAAUUUUUUCUUUGUCCCACACUAGUGAAAAGACAAAACAGAUCUUUUUCUAUUUCUUUACCAAGCUCAAAACUUACCAUCUCUCUUACUCCAUUUACAAACAUGAUGCUAUUGACAAAGCUGAUCCUAGCAGUUAGCAUAUGUGUCAUAUGAAUUUUGUAGUAGACCUCACUCACUGUAGAGUCUCUGAGGCUCAGUGGUAGAGCAUUGGAGUGGGAAUCCAAAGAUCUGAGGUUUGAUUCCUCAUAGGGACUCAGAAUUUUUUCUUUUUCCCAGGCUCGUGACAAGACAAAAACGUCUUUCUCUACUUUAAGUUGUGUUUAUAUUUUGUAUCAUUAUUUAAUUAUGAAGGAUGAUUGAUUAGGCUGCUCUCCGAAAACAUUCCAUUGCAAUACUCAUUUUUUGUGGAUUAUUUUUCUUAAUAGGCCUUGAUCACUGCUUGGGAAUCAGAUCAGAGGGUGAAGGCUCUCAAGAUUGCCAUUCAGGUCUGUACAACUCAGUCACACUAUUAAACACCAAGAAAGACACAAGAUAUUUAAGAACACAUAUUUGAAAAAAAGGUUAAUGUGUUGCUACCAUUAUUGAUCAAAGUAUUGAAAGGAUCCUGUGUAGAGGUAGAGUGAGAACAAUUCAUGAGGGAAAUUUUGAGCUGUGUCAUUAAACACAGUUCUUAAAUUCAUGCGUAAUGAUCACAGGGAAAAGUUUUGCAAUUCAUUCAUUCAUUCAUUCAUGCCCUUUGCGCCUAACAGGCAUGUAGGGCAGCAAUGUGUUCCCUCCACAUCUGGUGAUCCCAGAAAAAAAAGUUUUGCAAUGGGUGCCUGAAAAGCAGAGUGUUCUGUUUUUCUGGUCACUUGAGUUCAUGUCUAAUUGAUGUUUUUCUUUUAGUGUGCAAAGCUUCUCGCUGAUGUGUCUGUAAUUCAGUUUUACCCAAGCAAGUUUGUGCUUGUGACUGACAUACUGGACACAUUUGGUAAGUUAGAUUAAAGUUCUGACGGAGUGAAUUCAGUUUUGCAAUUAUAAUCUUUUUCUGACAUAUUGCAUGUACAUGUGCUCCUCUGGUAUGUCCAAGGAGUCAAGGUCUGGGUUGUCUGGAGUAAGCAUGAACUCUGGCUGGAUUGUCUUAAAAAAUGUGAAUGUUCUUUCACAGGGAAGCUUGUGUAUGAAAGAAUUUUCCGCAAAUCAAGUACUUUUACACCAGGCAGUAAUAUACCCACCAUGCUUCCAGGUAAGGAUUUUGAGACCAAUAAAACCAGUUCUAUUUAAGUGAUACUUAAAAUCUGUCAUGAAUAUGAUCUCUGUGCAUGUUACUUUAAAUGAUCACUUUGACUCUAUAACCAUUCACUGAUAGUUUUUGGGUACAAUAAACAGCUAGCCAAGUGGAGCUUACAAUUGUUUCAGAAGGGAAGUUCUACUCAGUCCACAACUUAUGGUAUAUCAUAUCUGAGUUGUCUUUGUGGCCUCUAUUCACAUUCUUUUGAACUUCUAAGUCCACUUGUCCUCAUGACACACUAUCACUAUUUUCAGUAUUAAUAUAACACAAACAUGUUUUGUUUGCAAACAACAUGUAUCCCUAUAUUGAAAAUAUUUGCUCAGAAAAUACUUUAACCCAGUAAUCUCCUAAGGACCUUCAAUUUCAAACUCUUUUAGAAAAAAGUGUUCCUUUCCCUCAGUUAAGCCACUUCCCAGCUUUUAUUCAAAACUUGGCUCACUGCUUAAAGUUUCAUGAACAGCUUUAGAUUUAGUUAAAUGCAGUCAACAACUCUUAUUUGUAAUUUUCGUUUCUCUUUUUUCAGAAAACUUCACACCUGACCAGGUGCCAGACUCAGCUAAGGAAACUUGUAGGAACUGGUUUUACAAGAUUGCUUCAGUGCGAGAACUUAUUCCUCGGUUGUAUCCUUGAAAUUUCCUUUAUCAUGAUACAUGAGAUAGGAAUCAUGUCAGAAAUAGGAAUUAUAGUUUGCUUUGUUUUAAUUACUGCUUCUUGUCCUUUGCCUCAUUAUAAGCCUCAAGGUUAAAAUAAUGCUUUAAAUACUGCAGGGAUUAUCUCAUGGCUUUUGAAUUUUGCCUCAUCAGCACAAAGUUUAUAUUCCUUGACACACUGAAGCUAUGUGGAGACAGCUAUAUUGAAAUGCUAUAAUUUCUUCACAACUGGGUAAAUAUGCAUGUGAUCAGGAGUUAAAAGUUAUGUUACAUUGCAUGGAGUUUCUUGAUGUUUUUUUUAUUUACUCUCUAUGUAAAUAGCACUUGAAGGCAGAGAUAUUUAUUGGUAUUCAACUCUAAAAAUUGCUCUUAAAGUUACUUGUAUUCCUGUUUCAGGUUGACAAAAUUUUAUCUUAGUAAAAAUAGAUAGGUAUAUUAAUUUCCAAUGCUUGAAUUUUGAAUCCUGUUUACAAAUUUGACCUUAACAUUUUUCCACAAAUAUUGAUUUUGGAAUUGAAAUAUUUUACUCAUAAUUACCUACACAUUGAUUACUUACAUAUUAAUUUUACAUUCCAGUGAGUUUUCACAAGCUCUUGUUCGCCUCACCAAGAUGAUACGAGGUAUUGGUGACCCUCUGGUUGCUGUGUAUGCAAGAACUUACAUCUGUAGGGUAAGUGACUGAAAAGUAGCUGUGGAACCAGAGCUUAUUCCAGUUUCCAUUAAACUGAGUGACCAGACUGCAUUAGAAAUUCUAUUUCCCUUAGACAGGAUACAUUUCCAUUGCAGUUUACUGCUUUUCAUUAUGUCAGGUUUCUCUCAAUGUUCACGGGAACCCAUAUCAUUUACCUCUGGGUGGAGACAGGCAGUAAGUGAAUGUCUCAUCCAGGAACAUGAUAUAGUGACCCCAGCUGGGACAUAAACUUGGACCUCUACAUCCAGAGUAAAUCACUUUAAUCAUUAGGUCUCCCCUAAAAAGAUUUUAUAGAUACAUGUAAAGUAAAAUUCAGUGGCUAGUUUUAGUGGGUAAGUCUUUACUCUCACCACUGUGUUGCUCUCCUUUAGCAAGGUAAGUUAAUUUUCUCUUACAGUCUCUUUAGAAUAUUUAUCAGCAGCCUCUGUUUCUUUAUUUGUUUUGAACUUCACACCAAACUUGUCCAGGAAAAACUAAGCCAAACCCCUCACCAUAUAGCAUUUUUUUAGGGGCACAAUCAGAUAACAUGUAAACAUAGUUUAAAGUUAUAACUAAAACAUAUGUAUUCCUACACUGAUGCAGAAAGAUCUGUUAUUAUAGACAAUAUUAUUUUUCAUUCUCUUCACUACUAUUUUAGGUUGGUAUCCUUGUGGCACCUGAUGUGUGUGAUCAUUUGAUUGAAAACUUGUUCAGUUUCAUAGUCAGCUAUAAACAGGUGACUGCUGAAUUAAAGUACUGGUAAAAGCUUUGGAAACUUGUCUUAUCGUCAUCUCCGUAAAUUGGCUCAUGGAUGUGAUGAUUAUGACAUGAAAGUGACUUUAUCUCUCCCUUCAUUGUUUCAGCUUCAAGGUGAUACAGUGCAGAAUAUUCUGGCAGAGCAGAGGCUUGGUAAGUAACACUUCCUUAGGAAACGUGUUAGUUUCUUUCAGUAGCCUUUUUAAAAUCCAAGUACAGUAAACAUAGUGCUUGCUUCCAAGCUACAUGUUGGCCAUAUAUUAGGUUCCUAUGAGAUAUAUGUUUACCAUCUUAAUCCAUUUGACCUCAAAGACAUCACCAUCCCACAUCACCUGUUAUCGCUCCUACUUUAUCUCAUCUGAAAGAAAUCAACCAUCCAUUUUAAUUGUGAAUUCUCCAGAAAUGCACCAGUACCUUCAGUUGUAUCCGCCAGCUUUAGACUGGAUUCUACAGUGUAUUGCAGAGAAGAGCCCAGAGGUGAGAUGAAUAUAUGGACCUCAUGCUUUGGGUAUCAUACGUUUAGCUUGGUGGACUUAGUUUGUGAUAAAGUCACCACUAACUUUUUUUUUCUAAUAAAUCUGUUUUCUUCCUUAGUCUACACUUACAGAUAUCUUAAAUCGUUGCCAAAAGGAAUGCAACAGGUGCGUGAAGUGGUGUAUUUUAUUGAGAGAGAACCAAGCUUGAAUUAUUACCUUGCUGAGGUUUGUUUGUUUUGUUUGUUUGUUUGUUUGUUUGUUUUUUUUGCAGUGCAUUACUUCUGAACUCAAUCAUCACAGAAUUCAGGCCAGAAUACAUUGCUGAGAGGUUGGUCUAAAGUGGAGUAUAAAACAAUAAAUUAUUAUUGUGAAAGUGAUAAACAUGGAAUCGAUUUGGUUUCUAGAAACAAGAUUGCAAACAUUUCUUAAGACAUUUUCCUCAGUGUAUUUUGACUUUUUCCCGUUUGUGUCACCUUAGGGCUCUGCAGUUCACUGAACUGAUAAGAAAUUGUGAGGAGGCAGGAUUCCCAAAGGUAACUGUGGCUUGAUCGUGAGGAAGAGCUCUUUUCAACUGAGUGUAGUUUAACUGAAACCCAAGUGUACACAACGACGAAUCAAAGUAUUAUAAGACAUCUCAUCUCAUUGUCAGGAGACAGUCAAAACUCAACUUAUGCACACGUACAUUAAGGCGACCUUCCGCGCGGGAAAGUGAGCAGGUUACUUAAAUUCUGAACCUGAUUGGUUGCGAGAGUGGCGGGAGUUUUCUAGACCAAUUAGAGAGCUUUGUAACACGAAAGUAACUCAAAACGAAUGCAGUCCCGGAAUUCAUUUACUUUUAACGUCAUUUGAAUAUUUGUCCCUAUAAACACUACCAAUCUCUUAAUGGUGACCUGCUGAAUUACGUAGAAUUACGCUAUAACAGUGCAUCUAUUUUGUCAUCUCCAGCAUCACCUGUAUAAAUCACUUGGGAUGAACUUGAGCCAAUGUGAUCCGCCUGAAGCGCAGAGACUACAAAUUCUUAGCGAGGUUAGAUGCUUCAACAAUCAAUUACCGCUAACUCUGUAAAUUCGUAAUUUGUUACUCUGCAUCCGAAAUUAAAACUUUUCAUGACAAUUCUGAAAGACAUAAGAUUAAAGAUAAAUGUAGUAAAUAGAACAAAGUAAAAAAGCAGGGGGAAGCGAAUACAAAAUGUGCGAAAUCGAAUUAUUUAGAACUCUCAAUGUUUAAACACUUCUUUGUUACUAAUAGUGGUGAUAUUUUAUCUUUUGAAGGUUUGGAAGGUUGUAAUGAAAAUGAAACAUCCCCCUGUGAGUAACCUUACUUUAAACUUCUCUAGCGUCUGUAAUUUAUUGACUUUGUGUAAUAAGAGCAUUUUAAAGUUCUAUUUUUUAAAAGGGUUUCAUAACAGAUGUAAGGUAAGUAUAGUUAAAUUCGAAAAAAAAAAAUCUGCUGUGUCACUCAACUUUGUAAGAGCUAAUCAAUAUUCCUCUUUUGUUUACAAAAACUUUCUCUCGUUUCACCGAUUUUCUCAGGACUACAUAGGCUGUGCGGAGGCCUGGAUAGAGUACGUUUGUAAGAACUUCACGGUAAGUGUUACUGUCUUACUUAAAGUUAUGUAUCUCUGGGUCGGAAACCGAUCAGAGUUGUACGAUAACCAACCAGCACCAAUCUUAAGUUAAUUGCAUUAAAAAAAGGAUACGGUUGCUUGUCUUAAAACUCGUGCGGCUCCGUUAGAACACCUCGGCGCAAAAGUCGAAUCUCUAUCUCCUAAUGCCGACAAUGAAAUAAAUCUAGGAGACAAAUUUUCAAUCCUUGAAUCGUGCAUUCAAUAAUUUUUGAAGGACUGUCAAUGAUCAAAGUAUGUGUAUAUGACUGAAAACCCUCUUUAGAAACGCGAAGUCAACACCCUCAUCGGAGACGUUAUCAAGCACAUGACUCCGGAAAGGGCAUUUGAACAACACUACCCUCAGGUAUUGCUGCAAAAUAUGAUCCUUGGUAAGAUAAACAACCCAUGCACUAGCAAAAGAAUUAAAUCUCAGUGAAAGUUUCAUUACAUAGGAAUAACCUUGCUUUGUCAAACCCUUUGCCAUUGUAAAAACUUGAUUAACCGAAAAGUUAUUUUCAAGUUCCUCCGUACAAGAUCAACUUAAAGCUUUUUUCACUUCAGUAUCAAGGUCCUCAGACAUUCAGCAUAGACAUUCAAAAUCUCUGGUUCAACAAGUGUAACAAGUCUUAAUAAAAAUUUCAAAAUACGUUCUUUUAUUAGGUUCUACUCUGCUUUGAUUCAUUUUUUUUCCUUUUAUUGUUUUGCUUUACUCUGUUUUUGUUUGGUUAGCUAUUUUCAUCAUAUCAUUUUACCUAUUUCUCCGCUGUCGCUCCUUUAUUGUUAGUUCUAUAUACUACUAGUUAAGGAAGCCCGUACUCAACGAGUCCCAUGGUUUCUCUGGGCUUCCCGGUAUUUUCUCCAAACUGAAAAUAUAGUAUUAAUAGUUUCAAGAUGGCAAAAUAAAUAUAAAUGAUGAUCAUGAUGAUGAUAAUAACAAUAAUAAUAAUAAUAAUAAUAAUAAUAAUAAUAAUGAUAAACGUUAUCUCUGUUUCCAACAGCUUCAGUCGAUUAUUUCCAAAGUACUAGACCACAUGCACGACUUCUCUGUUCUUGUAUCAAUGGUAAGUUCACUCCUGAACAUUUGAUUUAGUUUCCUUUCCAACCAAACAAACAUAUCUUUCGUGUAGAAUUACUAAAAUCGGUUUUCUAUGUGUGUAUCUUUUUUCUCCAGGAUAAGUUUCUUCCUUUCUUGGACAUGUUUCAAAAAGAAUCAAUCAGAGUGGAUGUUUGCAAACUGAUUGUGGAAGCUUUUGUUAAGUGAGUGACUUUUUUUAAAGGCAUGCUAAUGUGAGUUUCUGCAGCAACAAAUCUAAUUUUGCUAUUCGUUAAACCUCUGAUCGUUGUUGUUUUUUCUGGAGUGACUCGCCCUUUGCGUUCGUCUCGGUUCUUCUCGCGUUUCCGUCGUGCCUAUCACCGCUCGACUGAAAAUCGCCAAAGAAUUACGCCUGUUCAACAAGGUAAACCAAAUUGUUUGCAUAACUUUAAUUUAACAUGUGAGCAUUAAAAAAACUAUGGUCACCUUGACAGAUACCAAGAGGAACCUACGAAUGACCCGGUGGUUGUGAACUCUUUGCUGUAUGUUUGUAAAACGAUGCACGACUCUGUAAAGUAAGUGCCCAACGGUUUGUCAUCACAGUGGUUAUUCUAAGUAAAAAAAUGAUUCUUCUAUUGUAGAAGAUGAAAAAAAUAGAAUUUUUUAAUGAGAUGCUUGUCUUUAUUUUCAUCAGUGCAUUGACCUUGAUAGACGAGAGGAGAGUUAUUGGUCAUCUGAUCACAGGAUUCCUACGUAAGGUACGAAUCUUGGAUUGUAGUUCGUUUCAAUGAUUUUCAUAUCAGUUUGUUUUCAUUUGUGUCUGGAAGCCGAUAUUGAAGUUCUGAUAGGACACGAAAGUCUUGUCUUUGAUAAGAAAAAUAUCAAAUUUUUUGAGAAGAGUAUCAUAAGGAUUUAUCUUCAAUUUCAAAGUCAUUUGAUCUUGAGUAGUUUACUUACCGUUUCAGAUUGACUUUGGCCGUGAUUUUGAGAGGCAACUGGAUUCUUUUGUGGAUGCACGUUCCUCUUUCUCCAGUCUAGAAGCUGUUCUUGUAAUGCUCGUGCAGGUGAUCAAAUCUUACUUUGAGCACGCGCCGACGAUUGUCGACAAGCAAAAACUAAAAUAUCCACAACGGCUAAUAGCAAAGGAAAAUAUCACGGGGUGUCGAUGGAGCUCAAAAUACAAAAAACGAACUGCUUGGUUUUAGAUUCGGUUUAAGUUUUGUAUUUGAUUUGAGACAUUUUUAGCCUCACAGAAAUUCAUGAAAUCAGAUCUGCCAGGACACACGUGCGUCAUAGACACACCCAAUCGUUUACUGUAGUCAUAACGGUGCUCUUGUGCCUUUUUCCUUUGUUAACAGAGUGUUAAUCUUCUCGCCAUGAAAACUCGAGAAGUAGUCAAAGGGAACCACACUCGAAAGACUGCGUCCUUCAUCAGAGUAAGAGGAGAGGAUUUGUUUGAUUUUAUCUCUCAGUGCUUACAAUAAUUUGACUAAACAUUGUUCUGCCCUGUCUCCUACAGGCUUGUGUUGCCUACUGUUUCAUUACCAUCCCCUCCAUAGAUGACGUUUUCUCUCGCCUCAAGCUCUACCUCCUGUCAGGACAGGUUGCCAUGGCAAAUCAAGCCCUCAGUCAAGGUCAGUAGAUCUCUAUGGGAUAGGCAUGCGCUUCUGGUUAGACAGCAAUCGUUAAACUCAACUUGAAGUCAAUGCUUCUUAGCGAUGGUUUUAUUCGUUUCAUGGGUCACGGAAAAUUGUUUUUGAUUGGAAUGAAACAUUUAGAACCAAACGAUGUAACGCCAUUUGCAUUUCACGUUUCAGCGGAUGCAUUUUUUAGAGCGGCGAUCAGUCUUGUUGCUGAAGUGCCACGAACGAUUGGUAAGAUCACUGAUUCAGAACAACAAACUAUCUACCUUGUACGUGCUCGUAGUAGGAAUGUUCUGAAUGAGAAAGUAACAAUGAAUCAAACAAACAAAGAAAACUAUAGAUGACAUUAUUUUUCUAAGGUGUUUUGUUUGAUUGGGGUAACGUUCAGUUUAUAGUUCCUGUAGAUCCUUUCCCCCGAAUACAACACCUGUAUAUUUAUAUUUAGCGUAGAAAAGUCAGAGGGAUGUAAGUCGAAUUAUUCCGAAAUAAGAGAUCAAACAAGCGAAAACUGUGAUGUUUGUUUGUGUGUUUUCUCCGUUGUUUUUCUAGAAAUUGACCACAAGGUGAAAUCGUCGGAGCCAUACCUUCUUGCCUACAUGAACAGCUUUUUCUCCACCUUGUUGGUAGUACCGGUACGUUUGUACGAUAUUAUGACUGCAGCUCUUGUUGGUAAUGAUAACUGUGUGUGAGUGCACCAAAGUGUAGUCAUUACAAUCGGUAAAUGUAACUAGGAACCAAUGAAAAAUUAAGAGAAGCGUGGGAAACGCCAAUCACCAAGUCGCUAUUAUUUUAGGCUUGCAUCUGAUUGGGUGAAUAGAUGACGUGACUUUUCUAGACCAAUCACAGUUCGAAAUGAGGCAAAACCAAUACAGUCCCGUAUUACCUUUGUCACCUUAUUGCUCUGUUACAGAGUGCACUCAACUCAUGUGGUACUUUUCAAAUUUUUUUUUCAGGACUCGCCAGAUCAAGGCGCGCUGCAUCUUGUUCGAGGCCUGCUUAAUGUUGUACAAGAGUACACUUGGGAAAUAAACAGCGGCGCCAAAAUGAGUAUUUACCUAAAUGCCGUUUGCCUUCUCUCCGCCAUGAGUCAGGUGGGUUUGUGUGUUAUUGUAUCUGUAUGAUCGUUCGAGUUCACGUGGUCUUCACGAGCAUACACGCGAGUCUCGCGCGAUUUGUUCGUAAAAGGCUUUUACUCCUUUUUCCUUGCAAACAUUCAUUCAUAGAAAAGAAGUAUGGCUGAAAUUUUCAUCUCUCUUUGCAGGAAUAUUUCAUUUAUCAUGUUGAUAAAGGUAGGUUAUUAAGUUCCUAAAGUAAACGUCUCUAUUUCCACCCGUUUUCUCUUUAAGUAUGAAACAAUAUCGUGGUUUGAUAACAAGGAAUUUGAAAGUACAAGGAAGAGUUGUUGCUUGUUGAAAAAAAUUUUCCACUUUACCGUAAAGAAAGCGAGUUAGGUUAAUUUUAUAAGAUAAUUUGUUUGUUUCUUUUUUUCAUGUAUUGAUUCGUUUGUUUGUUUUCAGUGGAUUCGAAUGACAGAUUGUACGGUUGUGAUAAGAAAUUUCUAGCAGAGAUAAAUCGACUAGUUUUUACGUUAAUGGAGGCUGUGUUUGAACACUUAAAGUCCUUGACCUCCGAAGAGGUAAGUCUUCUUGACAUUUUCCACGCUGAAAGGCCUCGCUAACUGAGCAUUUUAUAACCAUCGCAUGACUUUAAGGGAUUCUUUAUUACACACAGUUAGUCUUAAUUUUUUAUUGAUUCUGUUAAAAUCAAAAAAUUAUUUACGUCCUAAAACUUUUCUUUCUUCCCAUGCUAAUUUAGUGAUGCAGGUGUAAAAUUCUGUGCAACACUGAGAAAAAACUUGUUUGUGUUGAGGCAGGAACAGUGUUUGUACAGAUACUAUAACGGUCUUUUUAUGUCCUUUAUUGUUAGGAGCUCAAAAAGCAGGCCGCUAUAGCUAUUGGGUUCUUCAACAGGUCAGCAAAAGUGAACCUAGUUUAUACGUUUGUCUUUGAAUGAUAAUUAACUUCGUCGCAGUGGAUCUUAGAGGUCUCUUUCAUGGUGCGCCUAUUGACAGGAGAAGCACAAUUUUGAAACCAGAAAAAAAAAACUUUUAUAAAUACCGUAUGUUUUUCGUCUAUUCUGAGGUAGCGAUGGAAAACGCUUUGAAUUUGUCCAUGUUUACUAUCAAAAGAAAUGCGAUGCUUUCUUGUUGGGUUAGAAAUAUUUUGAGCUAUUUUGGAUGUCAGUGUUGUUCAACAGGAUAUAAAUCUUUUUCAUUAGAAUACUUCACUGGACAAUUUUUUUGUGUUGUUUUCAAGGCUGUUGUGUCAUGCUGAUCUCUCACAACCUCAGUUAGCUACACUGGCCCUUAACUUGUGGAAUCUCGCUCAGAAACAUGGCUAUGGGAACACAAAAUACACAGUAAGUACAAAUACUAUCAGAACUCUAACUACACAUGAUAACUAAAAGAGACUUCGAGCUCAUAGACCAGCGGACAUAGUUGCUUACUAUGACCGCUGACCGCAGCCGUAAGUGCAACGCGCCAUAAAAGUGUUAGAGCAAAAAUUAGAUGAUCGCUGCAUCCACGCGUAGAUUUAACUUGAUGAAUAACAUGUUACGUCCAAGAAAAAUUCAUUUCCUAGUCUGUCAUUUAGGUCGAUGGACGAAAGUACAAUUACUUUUCCGUUUAAAAACCUCGGUAAUCCCUAGUAAUCUUCGUAAACCCCCAAAUGACCAUCGGCAAUGUGUGGAAAUCUUCAUGGCCUUGUUAAUUUCUUUGUUUUUGUUACUUCAACAGAUGCGCACACUUGAGUACGUCAAACAGAAAGGUUCCUCGGGACACAAGGAAUAUGCGGCCAUUGCACAGAAAAUGAACCUACAAACAAAAAUUUAAGUGUUCCUUCGUCCUAUGCAACGGUUUCAUUCCAUGACUAAAAGUGUAAUUACUGAUAAGAAAUUACGGCGUUAUUUUAGAGAGUUGAUUACAGCCUCAUUAACAGAUUAUUAAAAAAACAAUUCUAUCUCGUCCGCAUAGAGGGGAUCUGUAGAUACAACAGGGAUUUAUGUAAAAUCCCUCGAGUAUUCCAUAGUGUAGGACGCUUUUAUUGACUUUGACUUACAAGAAAAAAUACCGCGCUGUAUUCCCGCGGAAUCACUUUCUCCUAAAAGCGACUCUUUGAGCAUAAGUGUGUUCAAACAAUGGAGAGUUAAACAAUUUCUUUGAAGAGUGUAUGACUUCAGAGAGAAGUUGUAGUCGGUAAUCCUCAAAGGAAUUACUUAGAAAAGAUGUCUACUCUGGAAAGCUUCAUGGUCCUGUUAAUGACUGUAAAAAUGGAGCACGAUUGUAUUUGGUAACAAUAACCAGAUAGGUACCUUUCUGAUUGAAAAGUGAUAAAACUGUGGCUACUGUGGAGGUAACUUCUUUGUUCCUCCACCUUACCCCAUUCUUGCAGAAUCUCGUACUGAAAUGACGAUGGCUAUUGCGUUUUUUUACAUCACAUUUCCGAUUUGCCCAUUGUUUCAUUAAUAGAAGGUCGCACUCAUAUUCUCAGGGAAUCGUAAUGUCUCUAGUCGCUUUUCAACGCCCAGGGACAGCUCUGCGUUUUUCAAAGACACUCUUAGUUGUUUGUGUUUUUAUAAUCUCUUUACCGGUCUGGAAAUGAAAAACUCGAGCCCUGUCAAGUUUCUUUAAGUGCGCAUUUUGAAUGACUUCCUGUAGAGAAAACGAUAUUGAUAUAGUUAAUUUUUUUUAUGGUUUUAUGAAGUGCUGUCACUUGAAAGAGGUUGAUUAAUAAUAACUUGGUUCGGUUGAUUAAUUUCCGAAAUUUGCGGGGAAACAGUUACUCGAGCAAAAUCAAAUCAAAUGCUCUGUUAGCUACGAUAGGUGUCAAAGCUGUGAAGCCGAUGGGGUGGUUUGAACUAUGCAUUGGAAGCGACGGUUCUCAAACGAAAGACCCACCACGGGGUCCUAACAUGUUCUUUUCAUUAAUAGUUUAAUUAGUCCCUAGAUAACACCGUAACCUGCAAUGAUGCCAAGAUACGCAUUUCUACUAGUCCUAAAGGGGUAAGAGUUGAUAAAGAGAGCCUCUGCUUGAUAAAGCUUAGCCUUGUUACUAGUGCACCAAUGACAUGCUGUAUAGAUACAAUGGUUUAUAGAAAACUUGUAACUUCAUUUUUUAAAUACAUUGAUGGAUCAAAUCGUUCGCUUUUAUUCAAACGUGUUUAAAAUAUAGGUGGAGUAAGUGAACGAUGACAUGCACUUGCGAAUGACCUUCUAUGGUAAUACACUCAUGAUACAUAGUAUAAUCGUCUUUAAUCACACGCAACAUUUCUGGUCUAAAAGUGUUAAUUGUCAACUCGCGUUCUGUAAUAUGUCAGGUUGGUUUUUAAUUAGUGUGAUCAAAGACUCGCUCGUAGGGUAAGGGAGUCGCAGGAUGGUACGCGACCGCCCAAACAAUGAUUUCACACCUCUCUCCUUUAAAAAAUGUAAGCGCUAAGUUUCUUUUUCCAAUUUUGACUUUUCAAAAAUUAAACAGAGCAAUAUUUGUGAAUAAUUUGAGAAAUGUAAAAUGAUGAUGUAAUGAAUGAAAAAAAAAAGAAAAAGAACAGAAAAUUUGAUCCAAAACUGACAUAGCUUUAUAGCUAAUUUUAAAAUGACCACAAAAUUUGCUUGUCAUAUCUUCAUUUUAUUACUCAUUCUUUGCCUGUGUUUUCACUAGGCCGAUUAACUAGCUGAACAUUCUUCCUAGGUGUUUGAAGCUUUAUUUUAUGGCAUUUUUCUGCAAAGAUUACUUCAUUUUCAUUUCAGUUUUCACAUUUUAAGCAAAAAAAAAUUGUCAUUCUGGU